CAGCCGCGGCGUCACGUGACGGCGCGGUCAGCUGACCGGCGCGGGCGGAAGGAGCGGCUCCCGGCGGCGGCGCCGGCACAAUGAGGUUCCGGUUCUGUGGUGACCUGGACUGUCCGGACUGGGUCCUGGCGGAGAUCAGCACGCUGGCCAAGAUUUCCUCCGUGAAGCUGCGGCUGCUGUGUGGCCAGGUGCUGAAGGAGCUGCUGGGACAGGGGCUUGACUAUGAGAAGAUCCAGAAGCUCACUGCUGAUGCCAAGUUCGAGUCAGGUGACGUGAAGGCCACAGUGGCUGUGCUCAGCUUCAUCCUCUCCAGCGCCGCCAAACACAGCGUGGAUGGCGAGUCCCUGUCCAGUGAGCUGCAGCAGCUGGGACUCCCCAAAGAGCAUGCCACGGGCCUGUGCCGCUGCUACGAGGAGCAGCGAAGCCCCUUGCAGGAGCACCUGCGGACCUGCAGCCUACGCAUAAACCGGCUGGUGGGAGUGAGCUGGCGCGUGGAUUACACCCUGAGCUCCAGCCUGCUCCAGACGGCGGAGGCACCCAUGCUGCACCUGCGGCUCCAGCUGGCGGACGCCCCUGACGAGCCCGCCCAGCCUGUCACUAUGGCCCUCACGGUGAACAAGUUCCAGGUCCUCCUAGCAGAGCUGCGGCAGGCCCACACCCUGAUGGGCUCCCUGGGCUGAGUCUCCACCCUCCGAACCCUCCGAGGGCACCAGGCGACGUGUCCCUUUGGAGAACUGUGAGCUGUGUGGUGGUCAUCCUGCUGGACACAGGCUGGCUGCAGAGGUGCCGGUGUACAGGAGAUGCCGGGCUUGAGCCAGUGUCAUGACACCACACGUGCAUACAUGGAAAGAACACACACAUUCCCCACUCCUCCCCCCAACUCCUGACAGCCAAAGUAAAUAAAUGCAUCCAAGUUAAAGCGUU